AGGAGCGGGGCCAGAAGAGGGAGGAGGGAAAGAUGGAGAACAGGAAAGGCAGAGGAAGGGGGCUAUGGAGGGAAGGCAGAAGACAAAAAUCGCUGGAAGAGAGGGACAGAGUUCCCAGGGUCUGGGUCCUUUACUGGCGUCAGUCUGGCAGGUCCCUCACCUGCCCAAGGACAAGUCUCGCCCAACCUCACAGUCUGCCCCAGACCAAGGGCAUGUGGAGGCCGAAGUCUCCCCAAAAGCCACAUCUGGCUUGGUGGAGAAGGAAGGGAAUCAGUGAUUGUGUACCAGUGGGAGCAUCACGAGGGAGUGGAUCAGAAAAGCCAAAGGUGUAUCAAGGUGUCCGGGUGAAGAUCACAGUGAAGGAGCUGCUGCAGCAGAGAAGGGCUCACCAGGCAGCCUCAGGGGGAACACUGUCCGGAGGGAACAGUGUCCACCUUUCAGAUCCAGUCACACCACCUUCUUCAGUCUACUUUGAAACUGAAUCGAAUUCUUCCACACCUAAUUAUUUUCAACCCCGAGAAUUUUCCAGUCAUGUUUCUUGUGAAGAAAACCCAAGCUGCCUUGACCAGAUCUUGGAUUCCUACCUUCAGACGGAGAUACACCCCGACCCUUUGCUCAAUUCCAUGCAAAGUACUCCCCACUAUUUCCAGGACAGCUUCCAGGCGGCCCCUUUCUGCUUUAACCAGAGCCUGACCCCAGGAUCACCUUCAGAUUCCUCCACUCUCUCUGGCUCUUUAGACUACAGUUACUCGCCAGCACAUCUACCUUCAUAUGCUGUGGAGAAUUAUAAUUCUCCUCCUUCUCUGGAUACCAGAAACUGCGGCUAUCCAUCAGAAGACUACUCCUCCCCUCCCUUGCCCUCCCAUGCCCAGGACGACUGCUUCUUCCCAGCCCCCACCUCAGGCUGCUACUGUGUGUCCUGUGAGGCAGAACACUUGGCCACCGUAAGAGCAUCUGAGUAUUUUUCCUGUCCCAGCACAGACUAUGUGAACUUUGAUACCUCGUCAACAGCAUCCAGUGAUUUCUAUACCAGGGAAACAAACUAUGACAUCUGCUAUAGUUCAUAGAAUUUCAUUAAUUUGGAAUAUGGCAUGCAUAUGUCUAUUGUUCUGCCACACCAAAUGACAACUUGAAAUAGGUAACUUGUUAACAAAAUAUCACAGGCACAGUUUACAUGCCAUUUUCAGUUUUCUGACACUAACUUAGGCGUUAAGAUGAACCAGACCCUGUGUUUGUGCCUACUUUGUAUGCUUAAAGUUAAAAG